GGAGUACGCCGAGGCGCUCGCCCUCUUCAGAGAGAAGAGCAGCCAGGUGCGAGACCUGCGUCGCUUCAUCGACCGGCUCACCAGCAUCAUGUCGGACCGGCAGAACCGAUAUAAAAUCCUGCGCAGGUCGCUGUCGGUCAGGUGUAAGCUGUACUUCAACAACUUCCUGAUCAAGAUGAACUGCUGCGGCGCCAUGAACUUCGACCACAACAAUGAGACGCUCGCCAUCUCGGUCAAGACGCCCGGCCGGGGGCGGGACGGCGUGAGCGACCUGAGGCUGCUGUCCGGAGGCGAGCGCUCCUUCUCCACCGUCUGCUUCAUGCUGUCGCUGUGGGAGAUCACCGAGUCGCCCUUCAGGUGUCUGGAUGAGUUUGACGUCUACAUGGACAUGCACAACCGGAGGAUCUGUCUGGAUCUCCUGCUGGAGCUGUCGGAGCGCCAGCACCUGCGACAGUUCGUCUUCAUCACUCCUCUGAACACCAGGUGAUCGCCCCACCCCGCCCGCCUCACCC